AUGGCGUUUCGCAUCGCUUCUGUCAAAAACAUGGAGGUAGAAAGCUCCAUCUCGCAAAACCUCAAUCGCGAACAUACAAGCGAGGCAGACACUGACAUUCAGCAACAGCUACGAAUUUGUGAAAAGAAGCCUUCAAGGCCUCAAGAACACAAACAACGCUGCUCAGCUUCCUUCAGCCUGACAGAUCAAGUUCCCGGUGACGAGACAACGAAUGUGCCGGAGGCGAGCGAAGCCUGCAUCGACAUAUGCUCAUUAUCAUUCAUCUUCCUCCAGAGAAUCAUUGGAUCUUUGGGCAAAGUGUAG